CCUCCAGUCAGGUCUUCGGCCCGUCCCUGGGUGGGGGUUGGUCGCUCGCCUGGUGCGAGGCGGGGACUCUGUUUCCAUCGCGGUCGCCCCUGCGUUUUGCCUUCAGCGGCGCCAGCAUCAGCCGCAGGAGAAGGAUGCGGCGCGAGGAGGACGGAGGGGUCCUUGCCGGUGCAGCGCGCGCUCUCCUCUCGUGGCUUUGAGUCAAUCCUGUGGAAGAAUGAGAGCCUCUGCAUAGGAAGAGCUACUGCAACAGUAGUUUUUUUGGGGGGGGUGACCAAUGACCUGCACUUGCGAAGAAAAACAGUAGCAAAAGAAAAGUUCUCACUGACAGUGGAGUGUAUGAGCAAAGUUGAAAAUGACCAGGAUAAAAGCUGUCUGAAAAAAAAGUUGAAUGCAAAGAGAAGAUGGAGUUGUGAAGGCAGAAGUUGAACAUUUGGUAUGUUUUCUAUUGGAUAACAUCACGGCUGGAGAAACCACCAUAGUUUCAAUACAUGCUGUAUGAGACAUAAUAGCCCUGUCAGCUUUUGACAUGAAGAAAGAUAUAGAUGCUUUAAUAGCAGAGGAAAGAGCAGAAAUCAUUGCUAAAUACGAAAAGGGAAGGCAGGAAGGGGCUCAAAUUGAUCCAUGGGAAGAUGCUGACUUCACUCUCUACAAAGUUACAGACAGAUUUGGGUUUUUACAUGAGCAUGAGCUACCAACCCGCAGUGCUCUUGAGGAGAAGCAAAAACUUCAGGAGAUUGAACGAGUGGACAAAUGGCUGAAAAUGUUAAGAAAAUGGGGAAAAUACAGAAACAGUGAAAAGAUGUUUCGCAGGGUUUAUAAAGGAAUCCCCCUCCAAGUGCGCGGGCAAGUCUGGUCUCUUUUGUUGGAUAUAGAAAAGGUGAAGAUGGAAAAUGAAGGAAAGUAUGAGAAAAUGAAAGAACAAGCAAAGAGUUACUCAUCUGAAAUCAAACAAAUAGACCUGGAUAUCAAUCGAACAUUUCGAAAUCACAUCAUGUUCCGGGAUCGAUAUGGAGUGAAGCAGCAAGCUUUAUUCCAUGUCCUGUCAGCAUACUCUGUUUACAACACGGAAGUCAGCUAUUGUCAGGGAAUGAGUCAGAUUGCAGCUAUCCUCCUGAUGUAUUUAAAUGAAGAGGAUGCCUUUUGGGCACUGGCACAGCUGCUUACCAAUCAGAGACAUGCCAUGCAUGGAUUUUUCAUUCCUGGAUUCCCAAAGUUGCAGAGGUUCCAAGCCCACCAUGAGGCCAUCUUAAACAAACUUUUUCCAAAGCUGAAGAAACACAUGGACAAAGAGCAGAUGUCUACAGGGAUUUAUACAACCAAGUGGUUCUUGCAGUGCUUCAUUGACCGGACUCCGUUCACUCUAACACUACGGCUUUGGGAUAUCUACAUCUUGGAAGGAGAGAGAGUUUUGACAGCAAUGGCUUACACCAUCCUCAAAUUACAUAAAAAGCGCUUACUGAAAAUGACCCUGGAAGAUCUGAGGGAAUUCCUGCAGGAAAAAAUUGCUGCUUCCUUGCUGUUUGAGGAUGAUAUUGUGGUUGAACAAUUACAAGCAUCCAUGGCUGAACUGCGCAAAAUGAAAUUUGACCUUCCACCACCAGCAAAAUCAGAAGAAUUUCCCAAAAAAACCCUGGGACUGGAGCUCUCUCUAAAUCUGGUACCAGUGAAGCCAAGUGUUGCAGCUAAUGGCCAGCAAAAGGCUGUCAGUGACAUGAACCACGACAAAGAUGCUCAAACACAACCAUCUCUAGAUAAAAAUCCUUCUCAACUGAGUGAAACCAAUGGUAAUUCAGAUAUGGCAAUACCUGAGUGUCCCUCCCUUCCACAGUCAACUGGUUCACCUUUGCCAGCUGAGUCACCAGUCAAGCUUCAGAAUAAUCAGACAAGCCAAACAUUGGAAAUCCAGGAUAAGGAGGUCGAAGAAAAUGUCAGCGAAAGCCAAUUAGAGGAUGAUCCUUCAGUGCUGGAUGAGGUUCAGUUUAUGGGAGAAAGUCAGAAUGUGCCUACAGCCAGUGAGGAGGCUGAUUCAUUACAGAGCAGCAACACAGAGAGGAGUGGUUUGUGGGAAACUAACCCUUGUCUGUUGAUGGAUGAUAGCAACCUUGCUGGUUCCCAAAUUCUGACAGAGGACAUGUCAAUCAACAACUGCCUGUUGGACUCUCACUUAGAGAGUCAGACUUUAGAAGCAGACAUUUCUAUCAGCCAAAAUAGUACAACAUCAUUAUCAGGUUCAGGGUCACCACAUCAAGUGCCAUUGCUUCUAUCCCUUGAAGAACAAAGGACCUUAGAAUCGCCUUUAUCUUUGCAAAAUACAACAGCUCUUCAAUAUGACAGCACCACCUGCUCCUCUGAGGAUAUAUUAUCUGAAGAUGCUGUGGUGCUUCCAGAUGAUGUGUGCCAACUUCCAAGUACUGACUCCUCUUUUGCACCAGCACAUAGCUUGUCCUCAGCAUGUGAUUUGCCUGAAUCCAUAGUAGCUCCAUGUACAGUCAAAGCUCUCACUGCUCUCCUCCCUCCCUCCCAGGAAGUAGAACGACGGCCUUCUAAUGCUUCUCAGUAUGAUAAUAUGUCUGAUGGUGAGGGUGGGGAAGAUAAAUCACCCAUACUGGCAGUUUCAGUGCCACAGACUGAUCUCCAUAGUCCUGUUUUGAAGUGCACACUGUCCAAAUCUGUAUCAGUUGGGGAGAUAGAAAAUCUGGAGAAGGAAACUAGGGAAACAGUAGAUCUGGUACGACAGCCAAAAGAACCUAGCCAACCCACCUCAUUCACCACUCUGCCCCACCACAAGAGACUGUCUGGGAAAGGCAGUAUGCCCCUCUUAUCUGAGCUGGACUCUGAGGUGGUGUUGUUGUCAGAAGGCUUCCACAGCCAGCCUGCAUCACCCUCAGUGUUCCAGGAACAACACAGCCCCUUCAGGAUAGUAAAGACCACCACCCCUCUUCACUUGGCUCAUGCUAUAGAGCAAGACUUCUUGAGCAAAAAACAGGUGGCUUUACCUUUGCAAGAGGCCAGCCACCUGGAUGUAGCACAUGAUGGGAGAUGUACUGUUGCAACCGUGGAAGCAGAAGAGGGUAGGGCUGCUGGGGAAUGUGUUCUGCAGUCACAAAAUACAAGGGUUGGCUCACCUGCCCUCCAAAAACCAAAAGUACCACCCAAAAUUUUUAAAACUCAUUCCGACAACAGUUUCCACCAAAGCUGCCCUCCUGUGGUGCAGAUGUCUAAAUCGGUCACAUUCUAAGAGAACUUUGAAAAAUGACAUUAAGGUACACCAUGUUUCUUCAUGAGAGGCUGGAAUGAAAAAAAUGCAGCCUUGUGUAAGUCUAGAGAGGCAAUUUCAUUGCCAGUCAUGCUGGGUCCAAGAAUUCAGGAGGAGGGUUUCUGAUAGAGGCUAGUCUUUAGCAGAAAAUGGCUGGGGAGGCAUUCUUUAAAAACUUGGCUUCUCAAGACAGUUCCCAAAGUGCUUUUGAAACUUGUUUUUUAUGUCUUGUCCCUCACAAAAGUGUAAAUCCACUGAAAUAAUUUGAACUUUUAAGUGGGUUGAGAAAUUUAAGAUGAACAUCAGGACACUAGUGAGACAGAGUUUGAGGACCAUUUCAGUUGCAUGUUUAGGCUUGUAAGCAUAUUUUUCAGUAGCAAUAGUUAUUGGGUUUUUUUGUUUGUUUUUUGUUUUGGGAAUUAAUAUACUCCUAUAAACAAGACUGUGGGUUAUUCAUGCUAGGGAAGAAUGUUUUCACAGCAUCUAUGCAAUAUCUUGCCCACACUGCUCGUGUGUGUGUAAGGUCACAUGCAGUGAAGUCAGGCAGUUCAGCAUGUCUGUUCUUUUUUUUUUCUUUGUGGUCCCCUCACCUGUUUGGUGAGAUUUCUCAAAGAGUAGUAAAACAUUCCGCACAGAAGAGUGAUUUUCCAUUCCGUUUGACUAUGUAACAAGCUACAUAGAAAGCAGAGGCAACUUCUGAGAGAAGCCAAGGUGGCCAUCUGGAUUUCAAGUGCCAAAUCCUUAGCAGCAGGUUUGUUUAUGCACUUGAACCAUGUGCACCAAGUACUCCAGGAGGGAUGGAAGUAGUAGACAGAGGAAGAACUGCAGCAAAAUCUCUGCAGCCAUGGGUUAUUUCGGGUGCAGGUUCUAGAAGUGAGCUGGCUCACACCUCUGCAGGUAACUAUAAUGUUCUCCAAGAACUAGAAUUGCCCUGACUGGUACUAAAUGGUAGUGAUUAAACUGCAGCAGCUCCAUGUAACUGACACAAAGUGGUCAUUAUGUCCAAUCCAGCCUUGUGGAAAGCAUGUUGAAGAUAAUGAAAAAGGCAUCUGCAGCCCCAUCCGUUGCAUGUUUACAUAUAAAAAUUCACACAGACAUGUGUCCCAUAGGAUUGCUUUCCUAUAGCCUUGAAGUUAUUAUUUGCAGACUUUUCUGUUCUCAGCAAAGUGUGCAGUAGACAAGAAAAAAAAAUGCAGUUUUAGAAAAUAGUCUUUAGAAGGCAGGACAUAAAAUGUGCUUUAUGAAUACAGGUAUUACUAAAAGCCUAGCAUUAAACAGGAAAUUGCUCAAGGCCUAGUUUUUCCAGUUAUAAGCUUAUAGCUGCUGUAGCUUCUUAACCACAGUCCAGCACAAAAGGAACCCUCUGUCUUCUGUCAAGUUUUUCAGGGCUGAAUUGCCUGUCGUAGUAAAGGAUAUGUGAAGGUGUUACACAGACUGGUCCCAUCAGUGUUCACAUCAUCCUCUACCCCACCCCUUUUAACUGAUUGACCAGUUGUGCCUCAGUGAAGAGAAAUGCCUCUAAAUCAAGGAAAGGAUAACACAAGAAGUACCCAAUUGAUGAGCGGCAAAUUUUUGUACUUCUGUUGCUCUACUGCCCCCUAAUGGUGCCUUAGGUAAACUCUCCCUGUGGAUCAUAAAAUGAAGUCCCAGUUCUUUAGUAUCAGCUGCAUUUCCAUUUAACUGAUUUGGAUGGGUUAAAUGGAAAUGCAGUUGGUAUCAGGCAAUUAGGGCUUUCCUUUAUCAUCCACGACGUGGUGGCGCUGCAGGUUAAACCACUGAAGCCUCUGUGAUGCAAGGUCAGAAGACCAGCAGUCGUUAAGAU